GAACGACGUGAUUUGGGUGCAUCGUAGUCUAAAAUAGUGAAUUGUGUUGUAGAAACCACCCAACACGGACAGCAGUAUGACAUUCUUUCAAGCGCUCGAAAAAUCUUCCGCCGUGGAGCUUUAUACCUACAUCACACUGCUGCUGAUAUGUGUUCUGCUGUACAUCUUCUCGGACUAUCUUAAAGUAUGCACGCUCGCGUUCCGAUUACCCGGCCCAACGGCUUAUCCCGUCAUAGGCAACUGUCUGGACAUUGCUAAGAAAGAUCUCAUCUCGCGGGAGAUGUCCGAAGCUUACAAAAACUAUGGUCCACUGGCACGCGUCUGGAUAUUUGUCUUUCCUAUGUUUGUCGUGUUUGAUCCGAACGACCUGAAGGUGAUCCUCUCGUCCAAGAAACACACCAACAAAUCGAUGUUCUAUAAACUGUUGCACAACUUUCUCGGCCGUGGACUUAUCACCAGCAGUGGACACAAAUGGAGCUCCCAUCGGAAGCUGAUACAGCCAUCGUUUAAUAUCGCGAUAUUGGAGAAGUUUAUCGACACGUUCACUGAUAGUGCAUCGUCACUGAUCGACAAACUACCGAAGGAGGAAACGGUGCUAAAUGUCACCGAAUAUGUAAACAACUGUGUGAUCGACAUUCUGAACGAGGCUGUUCUAGGUGUCCCAGUUAAAUCGGUGGACAAGAAAGAGAUGGAACAGUCACCCUUUAGACAAGGAAAGGUCGUUGCACCGUACCGUAUUACCCAUCCCUGGCUGUUGUUCAACUCGAUUUACAAACUGACUGAUGCGGCAACCGCAGAACUCAACCAAAAGAAGCAGCUGGACGAUUUCUCCAGGAAGAUGAUCCGUCGUCGGCGUGAAAUUCUAAAAACUCUCACACCGUCCGAUCGCCGCUGUCUCUUAGACUUUAUGAUCGAAAUCUCCAACGAAAAUCCCGACUUUACCGAGGACGAUAUUAUCGAUGAGGCGUGCACGUUUAUGUUGGCGGGACAAGAUUCGGUUGGUGCUGCCGUUGCCUUUACAUUGUUUCUGCUCGCACGCCACCAAGACCAUCAGACGAAAUGCUACGAAGAGAUCCAGCGACACAUCGGUACAGACUGUUCUAAACCACCGACAGCCGAAGGUAUCCGUGAGCUGCGCCAUCUGGAAGCUUGCAUCAAGGAAAGUCUACGUCUCUACCCAAGCGUACCGCUGAUGGCACGCAAGAUCGGUGAAGAUAUCCGAGUGGGCAAGUAUAACCUACCGGCCGGUACGGAAAUCAUGAUCCUACCGUACGCAACGCACCGACUCGAACACAUCUAUCCCGAUCCGGAACGAUUCGAUCCGGAGCGGUUCGGUGAUGGGGCACCGCAUCAGAACCCGUACGCAUUCAUUCCGUUCAGCGCUGGGCCACGCAACUGUGUUGGGUACAAGUUUGCGUACAUCGAGAUGAAGACGGUCAUUUCGCGGGUGUUGCAAAAUUUCCAUCUUUCACCGGCACCGGGUAAGGAGGAGGUGCAGCCAAUCUUUCGGAUGACGCUACGAGCGAGGGGAGGGCUAUGGGUAAAAAUGACUCCAAGGAAAACCGCUGCGUAG